CUGAAAGUGGAAACAGUGACGUCAGGAGCCCAGUAUUCAUAAGUCUAGUGUGGGUGGGAUAUUUUCAGUUCUUCACAGUUUAGAUUUCAAGCAAACCAUUGAAAGUCAUGGCUUACCGUGGACCUUCCUAUGGACUCAGUGCCCAAAUUGCAAACAAGAUUGCUGCGAAACGUGACAAACAACUAGAAGAGGAAGUAAUAGAAUGGAUUCAAGAAAUCUUAGGAGAACAAUUACCUAAUGGACCAUACGAAGAGGUCUUGAGAGAUGGUGUUAUCUUAUGCAAGUUGAUGAAUCAACUGUCACCUGGAAUCAUAAAGAAAAUCAACACACAAGGUGGUCAGUUUAAAAUGAUGGAAAACAUAAACAAAUUUCAAGAGGCAGCAAAGAAAUAUGGAGUGACUGAAAUAGAUGUUUUCCAAACUGUUGAUCUCUGGGAGAGGAGAAACAUUCCUCAGGUGACACAAUGCAUAAUGUCACUGGGCAGAGCGUGCUACCUCCAUCCGGAAUUUCCUGGGCCAUUUUUGGGACCAAAACCAUCGGAGAAGAACGAAAGAGAAUUUUCUGAAGAACAACUUCGAGCAGGAGAAACCAUUAUUAAUCUUCAAUACGGGACAAAUAAGGGAGCCAACCAAAGCGGUCAAAACUUCGGCAAUACACGGCAUAUGUAAAAGUUUUGUGCAAAUAUGCAGGGUUACCACAGGCGACUAAAAAUGCAAAAAGUGGUAAACUAAUAAAAUUCAAAAUUUUAUUGAAAAAUACUAAAGUUAGUAACUUUUUAGGGCAUUUUUUUUUCAGUUUACUGUUCAAAGUGAAAACUAAGAAUGUUAUUGAUUUACAUAUGAAUAACUUAAAAUGUAAGUUAUAGUGGUAGCUACAAUUAAAUAAAAGCAAAUUGAGUUUUUACUACUUUUUACAUUUUUAGUCUCCUGUGGCUUCCUUGAAUAUGUAAAAAUCCCAUUAGUACGUUUCCUUUGUGAAUUUUAAUAGAAUAAAUGUUGAUGUUUUAAUUGUUA